AUGGAUGGAGUAAUUGCAACUUACUCGGUCGAUGAUGAAAUUAAGGCUGAAGAUUUCAUUAAGGAGGUUACUUAUACUGUUUUGUUUAAUGAGGCUGAGUGUGAGGCGAACUGUAUUUGCCGGUUGUUUCAGAUGUGGGGGAUAAUUUGUAGACAUAUUCUUGUCAUCUUUUCAGCUAGGAAAGUCCGUGAGUUGCCUGAAAAGUACAUAUUAGACCGAUGGAGAAAGGACAUAAAACGUAGUUAUAGUAUUAUUCCGAGCAAUCAUGAUGUUGCUGAUCAAAGGCCAGAAACUGUUAGGUAUAAACGUCUAUUGAAGAUUUAUUAUGAGGUAAUAACAAAUGCUUGCUCUCAAGAUAGGCAUACUGAGGAUAUGGUAUCGAAGUUGUAUGCGAUGAAUGACGUAUACUGCACCUCGAAGCCCCACAACAUACAAGAUUUCAAUGUUGGAAUGCAACUCGAGAUGGAUGAAACACAGCUAGAGAUGGUAGAUGGAACACAGCCAGAGACGAGGGAUGAAAGGCAGCUGGAGACAAUAAAAAGCACCUAUGCUAGAUGA